ACGCGCAUGACGUUUCCGCGCGGUGAAACGCCGCGCCGUGGUGGCCCGGUUCUCUCUCGCGGUUGGGUGGUUGGGGUCGCCUGCCCGUCCUCCGGUCCCGUCUGUCGUGCCGCGUACGCCACGCAGUGAACACGCACGCUCUCGUCGGCCAAGAUGGUUACGGUGAAGGGACGCAAGAGCUCGAGCAAGAACCCGCCGAUCCUCAGCCACGAGUUCGUCAUACAGAACCAUGCGGACAUCGUCUCCUGCGUGGCUAUGGUCUUCGUGAUCGGCCUCAUGGUGCAGGUUACGUCACCAUGGGCCUACAUGUUUAUUGCUAUUCACCAUAAUGUGACCAAUACUAUCGAGGAACCAAUGACAGUGGUGAAAUACGCUACAGGAUGGAAAGAUGCAUGUGCAGUAUUCUUUUACUUUUUGAUAAUCAUUAUAAUGCACGCUGUGCUCCAGGAAUAUAUAUUUGAUAAAAUUUCCAAGCGACUUCAUCUCAGCAAAGUAAAGCUUUCUAAGUUUAACGAGUCCAGCCAGUUGAUAGUAUUUUAUACAUUGUCCGCAUUGUGGGCGAUUGAUAUUAUAAUCAGGGAAAAUAUACUUUUGAACAUAUGGACACUGUGGGAGGAAUACCCGGCGCCGAUGUCCGCCACCCUAAAGGUAUUCUUUAUCAGCCAGCUCUCUUACUGGUUGCACUGUUAUCCCGAGCUCUACUUUCAACGAAUUAAGAAAGAGGACAUUCUGCAGCGCGUUGUCCACGCAACUGUUGGAUUAGUCUUCACAUUCGCAGCUUACUUCUUCAACUUCCAACAUCUCGCCCUAAUCUUGUUAACUGUCCACUAUGUGGGAGAUAUCCUGCUACACACAGCCAGACUGAUUCACUUUAUCAGUCAAAAAGAGAAGAGGACGAAAUUGUCAUUCCUGAUUGCCAAUUCGAUUUACGCGUUCGCGCGUAUCGCAACCAUCGCACUCACGUGCGUGGUGUUCCUGUACGGUUUGAGGAAGCAGGAGUACAAGUUCGACUACGCCACCGGCAACUUCAAUAAUCCCGCUGUGCAGUUCUCGGCAGCGUCGAUUAUCUCGCUCUUCCAAGGCUACCUUCUUUACGUCUUCGUUGCGAAGCAGAUCAAGCGUGCACGCGAGAACGCCGCGCCCGUUGUCGUGAAGACGAAGCCGAAGCAGAAGCUGAAGAAGCGAGACGGCAAGAAAUCAGCCGUGUCCGAGGACGACGAUCUCCCAGAAGUGGACCAGGCGACGAAGAAGAAUCAUCUGAGAAAUCGUCCUUCAGCCAAGGCAAAAUAGACGCUCAAUAAAUUCGAGAAAUCAGCAAACCCGCAAAGGGGCUGAUUGGACAUUCGAUUUUAUUCGCCUAUAUGUCACGGACAGAAUGUUCAACUAAAGUGUACAAAAACGCAUUCUUAAAAUGUCAAAAAAAAAAAGAGAAAUGUGAAGCUUCCAUAACGAUUAAAAGUCGCGUCGUGCAGAACGCUGAAGUAUCCCGUUACUUGACAUUUUGGCACAGACGAAAAACGGAUUUUAAAUGUUUCAUGACAGAUACAGGCAUGUAUGAUAUUCGCUACGCCAGCGGAUGUUUUUAAUUAACAUAAAUUUUUUUCCAUUUUAUCGCUUUCAUAUAAAUUAUACGGAUGAAAUGUUACAUUCAUACAGAAUCGCAGAAUAUUAACGCGUGCACUUUGGUACGUUGUCUUUUUAUGCGCGUUGCCGUACGUUUUCCAACGCAUGCAAACGCGCGUCAUUUACAAUCUAAUUAAGAGAAAUUUAUACGAUUUUAUCCCCCUAUUUGCUGUUAUUUAAAAUUCUUUAUAAAUUUUUUUGCGCACUGAUUUCUUUCGAUGAAUUUAGAAUCGGUUAAAAUGUACAUAGACCCAUUCAAGAUUUUCCAGACCUUCGAUCUUUCCUCCGCCUUGCUGAUUCAGACGGGGAAGAGAUCGAAGAGAGAAAGCGCUGAGCUCCAACGACAGAUGAUCGAUCAAAACUUGGAUCGGUCUUGCUUGUUAUCCUGAAUUAUCCUUGGAAUAGAACAUUCAAAUAGAUUAAAGACAAACUUAUUACGAUAGCGUUAAGUUACAAGGUAAAAAAAGUACAUAGAUAUAAUGCACGAGAUAAUACUCCGGACCACUAAUGCGUUACAAGAAUUAUGCCACGUAAAAAUAUAUACAUAUCUUAUUACGGAAUUACUAUAUUGUUACACCUAAAUAUAAGUUUUACUAUUUUUUAAUAUAUACAAUAUAUAUUUCGAUGGAAAGAGUCUCGUUAUUACAGUGCUCUGCGAAUAAUUAUUUCUUUAAAAUUGCUAUUCCAAGGAAGAUGAACCGUAGAUCAAGAAAAAAACAAAUUUUUGAGAUGUCACUUUUUAAAGAUGUUUCCACAUGCAAUCUUAUAUACUGUCGAAUUUCUAUUUUUAAUUCUAUUCUCAAUCGUGCGACACGCAAUCAAUUUCUUAUUUGCGUCUAUGAUCUAUUUUUUUCCAGGAGAUGGAAUAUGUAACGCAAUUGUUUAAAAAUUUAUUGACUAUCUUGUUAAAUAAUAAUUGUAUUAAAUGAA